UACUUCAAUUUUAGUGCUCUAAAUUUUUUGAUUAGUUAGUAUACUGCUACGAUUUUAGUUAGUGCAUUUCCCUGAAUUUAGUGUUUAGUUAGUGUACUGAUAUGAUUUUAGUGGGUGGACAGCAUAACCGAUUUGCAUGGUAGAACCUAGAAAUUAAUUUUGGGAGUAAGAAAUGACUUUAGUUACGGCUUAUUAUACUCAAUUUAACGUUGAUGACACAAAUUCAUGUAUAAUAUGAUUUAUUAUAUGAUGAUGAAUGCCUGGGAUUUAAUUUUAAUGUUUGCAAAUCAGCUGAAUGGAUGCAUUUUAAUAUUUGCAAAUAAGCUGAAUGGAUGCUCUGUCCGCCUGGGUGCUGGGCGUUCUGUCAGCCUGGAGGUGUCUGGACAGGCUGCCAUGCUUUUAAAUUGAGCAGGGGUAUUUUAGUCCAUUCACAAAUUGGUUUGUUUGAAAAAAAAUGUAAAUACAGCUUCAAAUACAUGAGAGUGGCAUUUUGUUAAGAAAGUUAGAUGGGGUGAUAUUUUUAUAAGAGCAUGCUAGAGGGUGGCAUUUUGUUAAAGACAGCUGAAUGGAGUGGCAUAUCGUUAAAUAUCUCACCUUCAGCCUAGUCCCUUCUGUUAGUUUCUCUCUCCGCUUCCUCCUGCAGCGGAAGGGGUCAGCCAUGGCGAUGAGCUUCGCGUCUGCUGCCGCCACCACCACCACCUCGUCCUCGCAACUGCUCGUCCCCGUCCACCGCCUCUCCCGCCGCAAGCUCCCCACCGCUGUACCCUCUCUCUCAUUCCCUCUCAGACCACACCGCUGCCUUCCCUUCUCCGCUCUUCCUCCCGAGCCCCCGCGCUUCUCCCACAGAACCCACUCCUCCUCCUCCUCCUCUUCCAGGACACCCACCGAUGGCCUCCUCUCGCCGAUCAUCUCCACCUCGAGAACCCUCCUCUUCCUCCUCGUCGCCUCCCUCCUCUCCCUCUCCGGCGUCCGCCCCCUCCCUUCACUCGCGUCCCUUCCCCCACCUACCCAGCAGCCGCAAGAAGAAACGGAAGGGCAAGAAGAGCAGCAAGGGUCGCAAGAGGGGAAGCAGCAAGAAGGGCCGGUGGAGAAGGAGGAGGGCGUGGAGGCGGAGGUCGAUGAGGAGGAAGAGGAAGCGGAGGAGCUGCUGCGGCAACGGCAGGAGGAGGAGGGCGACGAGGAGGUGCGGAUGUAUCUGGAUGUCCUGAGCAGCGAUCCGGGCGACGUGGACGCGCUCAAGUGCGUGCUGUUCGCGAAGAUGAGGCGCGCGGACUGGGGCGACGCGCUGGGGUUCGCUCGGCGGCUGCGGGAGGCGGAGCCCGGCGAGGUGGAGUGGCGGCUCAUGGAGGCGCUGCUGCACGAGCUCAAGGGGGACCUCGGCGAGGCCGAGCGGCUGUUCAGGGAGGUCCUCGCGGAGAAGCCGCUGCUCGUCAGGGCACUCCAUGGACUUGCACUGUGUAUGCAUAAAAGAUCUGAAGGACCAACUGUUUUUGAGAUGCUGGAGAACGCUUUGCAACUUGCAAUUUCUGAGGAAAAGGUUCCAGAAGAGCGCAACAUUAAGCUUUUGAUUGCUCAGAUGCAUGUUGUCAAGGGUCAGUUGGAUGCUGCAUCAGAGAAACUGCAAAAUCUUAUCAACGAGGACCCUCGUGAUUUUCGGCCUCAUCUUUGCCAGGGGAUUGUUUAUGCACUUUUAGACAAAAAGGAAGAAGCAGAUGAGCUGUUUGAUACAUAUAGAAGCCUUGUUCCUGAUGAAUUCCCAGACAAGAGUUUUAUUACUGAUGUUAUACAAGCAGCCAGAAUGGAGUCCAAGGACCGGCUACAGAAGGACUUUGGACCUGAACUUCUAUCUAAAAAGUGACGAUUCAGGAAUUUUCUAUACCUGAACGACCAGUAGUUUUUGUAGUGGUAGAUAGUUGCAACUUGCAGAUUGAUGUGCACACAAGUGCAAAAAUGUUACCAGUGAAUUGAAAUAAAUAAUGAGAAAUCGGAGGAGAUGUAUUUCUCCCCCACCAAUUUCUCCUGACAACGAAGUUUAUGAAGAAUACAAAUUUUUGUUUAAGCUCGGUUAGUCUUCUUGUUAUUUUAUCUAGAGAUAAACCUACUUACCAUAACCAGCGAUAACUAAGGGCUUGCUCACUUUAUUCAAAAUCAACCGCGUGUUUGACGU